UUGGAAGGUGAAAUCUCUUCACUCUGUAGACAUAUAUUUGAAGGAAAUGCGAGUAACAGCAAGACAUGUAUUCAAAGAUAUUCAGAACUGUCUGAGAAGAUCAGCAAAAGCAGAAGAAAAAGUACAAUAUUGAUUCGUACUCAGAGGAAAAAGAAAUUGCUUGUUCAUGAAUAUUUAAAAUUGCUCCUUGAUAAUGAAUCUUUUCUUGAAGUUUUCCUUCUUGCAGGGUUUAAUAUGCCAUAUGGUGAUGUUCCUAAGUUUUAUUCUGAGUCGAUAAUAGAUGGCAGCAGAUUCCAAGAAUUCAAAGCUAAUUAUGGUAUAACUUUGGUAACAGGAUUUGCCUACAUAGAAGGAGAGCCAGUUGGACUAGUGGCUAACAAUGGUGAACUGACACAGAAUGCUUCUCUAAAAGGUUGCCAUUUCAUACAGCUUUGUAGUGAAAGAAACAUUCCUAUCCUGUUUCUCAUGAAUACUGCUCCAUAUACUGCAGAAGCAACCAAUCUCAUACAGGGAGAAGAUCAAGCUAAUAGGUUAAAGGCACAGGCCUCCAUGAUGGCUACAAUUGCCUGUGCCCCUGUACCAAAGAUAACAGUUGUGAUUGGUGGCUGUUUAGGAAGUGAAAGUUAUGCUAUGUGUGGAAAAUUGUUUGAUCCAAACUUUCUGUUUCUUUGGCCAAAUGCAAGAAUUAAAAUUAUUAAAAGGGAAGUAAGUCUAUGUAUCUCUUAAAAAAAUUCUUAUAUUUCCAGACUGCAAAAUGAAAGUAAUGCACUUUACUCUUCUGCCAGGAUCUGGGAUGAUAGAGUAAUCUUGCCCCAGAGUUCAAGGAAGGUUAUUGGGCAAUGUUUAAGAAUUAUGAAGCAACAAAGAUACCAGAUAAUGUCCUUGCAACAAUCUUCUGUUCCUGUCAUGAGAAUGUAAGGAAGUCAGUUGGCUUAUAAAUAACUUUUGAAUAUCAGAUUGGGCUGAUGUCAAAUAAUAAUAUUAAAGUUGUCAUCACUGUUUAAAAAGUACCUGGAUUUAUCAAAUAUUUAUAUGUUGCCAUUUAAUCAUGUGUCUUAUCUAUUAUGCUGUAGGUAAAAGUACAGACACUCUCAAGUAAAUCUUCACUCUUCUGCGCACUGUGACACAUCCAUCUGUGAUCUUGGCAACAAUAUAGAAGAAAAGCUACUGACUUCUUUCAAAAUGUACUUUUUACUUUCCAAUGUAACUCCAAUGUUAGAACACUAUUAUGUAGCAUUUAUAUAAUCAAGAAAUUGUGUUUUUUUUUAAAAAAAGUCUAAAAGAUUUAAAGUAACUUCCACUAAAUUUUUCAACUUUGUAAAAAUUUGAAAAAUGCCAAGGACUAGCACUCAGCACCUUACUCCUAUAACAGAUUAAUCCAAAAGGUCAGGAUGUGUAUAUGUGCCAGAAAUAAAGCAAUAUACUUGUUAAGUGAUCUUCUCAUAUCUUUUCACAAACUGAUAUAAAACCCCUUUUUCUAGCUAUAAAGGUUUUCAGAAUAUACUGUGAAUAUAUAUAUCUUCAAAUCUAAAGAUACAAGUACAAGUAGCCCUCAACUUACGACCACAAUAGAUUCCAACAUUUCUGUUGCUAAGUGAACAUUUGUUAAGUGAAUUUUGCCCCAUUUUACGACUCUUCUUGCCACAGUUGUUAA